AUGGAAGGACUGGAAAUGGCACACUAUAUGAUGGCCACGAACCACGGGUGCUUCCCCAAUGGCACCAAUGGGCUGCACCACCACCCUGCCCACCGCAUGGGCAUGGGGCAGUUCCCAAGCCCCCAUCACCAGCAGCAGCAGCACCAGCACACCUUCAAUGCCCUGAUGGGCGAGUACAUACAGUACAGCACGGGCAACAUGAAUGCCACAAGCAACAUCAGGCAUGCCAUGGGGCCAGGGACUGUGAAUAGAGGACACCCCCUGAGCACACUGGCCCCCGUGGCCAGGUUUAACAACUCCCAGUUCAUGGCCCCCACAGUGGCCAGCCAGGGAGGCUCCCUGCCGGCCAGCAUGCAGCUGCAGAAACUCAACAACCAGUAUUUCAACCAUCACCCCUACCCCCACAACCACUACAUGCCAGAUUUGCACCCUGCUGCAGGACACCAGAUGAAUGAGACAAACCAGCACUUCCGAGAUUGCAACCCCAAGCACAGCAGCGGCAGCAGCACCCCCAGCAGCUCGGGUGGCAGCACGGGCGGCGGCACGGGCAGCAGCAACAUGCCUGUCUCCAUGGCCCAUGUCCCUGCUGCAAUGCUGCCGCCCAAUGUCAUAGACACUGAUUUUAUCAACAAGGAAGUUCUUAUGUCCUUGGUGAUAGAAAUGGGUUUGGACCACAUCAAGAAGCUGCCUGAUCUCUGGCUGAGGCAAAACGAGUUUGAUUUUAUGACGGACUUUGUGUGCAAACAGCAGCCCAGCAGAGUGAGCUGUUGACUCAAUCAAAACCCCAGUGAAAGAAAUCAAACUCCUAACUUCUUUGGUGUGAAUUAAAAGAAAUAUUCCCUUAGACACAGUAUCUCACUUUUCAGAUCUUGAAAGGUUUGAGAACUUGGAAAUAAAGUAAACUAUAAACUUGUACAAAUUGGUUUAAAAAAAAAUUGCUGCCACUUUUCCCCCCUGUUUUUGUUUUGUUUUUGCAGCCUUAACAUUAACCUCCCUUAUGUAGUUGAAAUAUCUAGCUAACUUGGUCUUUUUUGCUGUUUGUUUUUACUCCUUUCCCUCACUUUCUUCAGUGCUCAACCGUUAGAUAUUAAUCUUGGCAAACUUCUUA